AUGGCCAACAUCAAGGGAUUGAGUGAUUUCCAGGACAAAGACAGCGAUAGUGAGAACGGCGACUUUAACGACUACUACGCCGGCGGCGAGAAGAGCGGCCAGCUCAUCCGCGGCGCGCCGGACGAGGAACAGCAGCAGCAGCAGCAGCAGCAGCAACCAAAAUGGGUCCACCACCCAGAGCACCGGCAGCUGGCACUGGCGCUGUCAAAGAAGAAGGCAGACAAGGGCGACAAGGGCAAAGGUGCAGUGGAGAGCCUGUUCGAGCGCGCCAAGGAGCUGCCAGGCGCAGAACGCGGCACGGGCGACCUGCCCUCCACCUCUGGAAGCUUCGGCGGCCAGGGCCGGACCGUCGCGGGCGGCGCCGCGCAGCCCGCGGGCCCCACGGCCCACGUGGUCAAGUUUUACCGCAACAAUGUGUUUACGCUGAACGACGGCCCCGCGCGUGCGAUAGACGACCCCGCCAACCAGGACUUUAUGGAUGCUGUGGCCAGGGGCGAGUGCCCGUCCGAGAUCGACCCCGGGCCGAGCGCCGAGCCCGUGACCGUCAACCUGCUGCGUGUCGAGGAGGAUUAUGUACCGCCAAAGUACGUUGCCUUCUCCGGCUCUGGCCGCACCCUGGCCGCCGGCCCCUCCACCUCCGCCGCCCCCGCCCCCGCCGCGCCCGCCGGCGAGUGGGAGGGCGUGGACGAGUCCAAGCCCACCACCUCCCUGCAGCUGCGCCUUUAUGACGGCGAGCGCAUGGUGGCGCGCUUCAACCACACGCACACCCUGGCUGAUGUCCGCCGCUUCAUCCGCGCAUCGCGGCCCGACAUGUCGGCGCCCUACACGCUGAACACCGCGUUCCCGCCGGCGCCGGUCAAGGACGAGGGCGCGACGCUGGAGGCGGCGGGGCUGCUCAACGCGGUGCUGAUCCAGCGCAAGGCGUGA